AAUUGUUGUGAUAAACUUAUUAAAUAGGUCGAAAUAUUUUAAAAGAAGUAAUUUCCUAAAUGGCGGAUCAUUCCGCAAGUUACGAAGAAUCGUUUCCUCAACCUGAAGCGAUAGAAGAUUUACCAGAAGCAGAAAAGCGGACAGAAAUUAAUCUAGAAUCAGCGCAUACUCCAUCAGAUGCUAGUAAAACUCAGGGGACAGAUGCAGUAAAACCUCCGCCUGUGAAUGUCUGGAAAAAACCUGCAGCAGCUGCUGCAUCUAUAUGUCAGAAUCAGUUAGAUUCACCCCAAACAGGAACCGCCACAAAUGAACCCAAGCUACCUAAAAGUAAAGACAAUCCAUGGGCAACGGAACAAGAAACGGUUAAAGCUCCUGUCAAAACUCCCGGAGAAGACUGGCCUAGCUUGAAAGAAAAUGAGAAAUUUCUGAAAACAACCGAAGAUCAGAAAAAUGAUCUAGAUGGAGAAAAUCAGCUAGCUAUGAAGCCGAAAUCCCCGGAGAAAAAAGCUAAAAGAAGAAAUAAAAAGAAGGCUGCCAAAGCAGCAGCAGCGGCGGAACAAGCAAAUGAGCAAUCCAACAACAGUAGUGCAAAUAAUAACUCGACUAGCUCAAAAUCUGUAGAAAGCACACAAAAUGCCAGCACCAAUGGUCUAUCAAAAGCACCAACCUCACAACUUUCAAGAAAGGGCUCAAAAGAUGUCACCAACUCACAGAGUGCGACAGCAACCAAUCAACAGUCACAAGUGAACAGUGGUAAAAGUAGGCAGAAGUGGGUUAAAAUGCAGAUAGAUCUCCCUAGAGCGGCUCCGAAUGGGUUCAUGUCGAAAGCGAACCCCUUGCCAGCCGGUAGCAAGUCGAGAAAAAAUAAAAAGAGAAGUAGCGCCAAGUCAAAAGGAACCAACAAAGCACAGGAUGGACGUCGAGGCUUCUUCAGUGAUUUUGACGACGAGGAAGCUCGCUAUCGUAGGAUGAUGGCUGAUAAAAUAUACAGCAAAAAUCUACCGGUGAAGAAGUCCCCGGCAAUAAUGUCAGCAAUGGCUCAAAUACCUGCCAUUCAUCAACACCAACAAUACAAAACGGGGUUCCAGUUUGCCCAAGUGGGUGAUAACGGGGCUCUUCUUGGUUUGGGCGCGCCAUUGUACGACCCAGUGUACGGGGUAUACUACUACAUGCCUUACUCUAGCUUCACAGAUCAGAAUGUCAUUCGGGAGAGCAUCAAACAUCAAAUAGAGUAUUACUUCAGUGUCGAUAAUCUCAUGCGAGACUUUUUCCUGCGCCGAAAGAUGGACGUGAAAGGCUACCUGCCAAUAUCUCUGCUAGCUUCGUUCCACAGGAUCCAAGCACUCACUAUGGAAACUAGCGAAAUAAUUGCGGCAAUUGAAAAUAGCAAAGAAAUAGAACUAAGCGAGGACAAACUCUUCGUACGUAAACGGGUUGAUCCAACUUCGUGGCCAAUCAAAGAUGAGCUCAAUCACGCCGACGAGUUGAAUUUAGUCGGAUAUAGAAACGGAGACAUGAUUUUUGAACCGGAUUUAAAGAAUCUAGCUGCUGGGUUUUUUCCAGGUCCAGAAGUUGCGCCAGUGAUUAUAAGCGAUGCCAUGUAUGAUGAAGAUACGCAGGACGAAGAAUCGGAGUUCAAAAGUAACAUCAAAUCAAGCUCUGGAAAAGAUCUGAACUCUAAUAAUAUAGAUGUCGAACAUUCGAUUUUUAAGAGUCUUAUAAACGUUCCGGAGUUCAUCCCCAAAUUCGCGGCGCCAGAAGAGCAAGUGUCGUCCAGUGCGCCCAAAGCAGACGACGGGAAGACGACACCUUCAGAUAGGCAGUCGAGAACAACCGCGGUUGAGUUGACAGUACCGCUGACCCCUGGACUGUCAAGUAGUGCCCCCGAAUCUACCUCUGCGUGGUGCGAGGUUAGAAAAGGACGCUACAGAAGUGACUCUAAUGACAAGGAGGCGCCAAACAAACACUCCACGUCAAAGGACGGUAGCAAUGCAGUAUAUAUUGGACAGACUAACCACCCGAGUAAGCACGGGAAGAAGAAGCACAGGAGCUCCAAGGGAGCAACUACUGCCUCGGGGGGAGGGGGAGACGCUGUUGCGGGGGCAGUGGGACCCGUAGGUGCUGACGGUAUCGAAGAGUUGGAGUUCCAGUUUGACGAGGAAAUUGCGGCGCCUGCCAAAAUCAACACUUUCUCUGCUAACAUCUCGAAGGCCGAAACUAGGUCGGAGAGCGGGUGCUCUCAGAGCGACGACUUCGUCGACUCAGACGUGAACAAACUGCUGAUCGUGACUCAAGACAAGGGCGUGGUUUCCGGUGGAACUUCCGCAGGUGGAGGAGGGGGCGGCGGAAACUCCCAGUUCGUUUCUACUUCCCAGCAGCCUUCUUAUGUGCGUAAACACAUGGGCUAUGAUAGGAUCAGUGGGGCAAUCGGGGGAGGGGUUCCAUCUCGGGCGAAGGUUAUGAGCGCCUGGGCGGAAGUGAUCAAUGAGGGGCUGUAUUACUACGAACAGGAGCUGAGACAUGAUGACGAUGAUUACUCCAUACACCAUUAUGGCGGCGGACACCCUCACCACAAAUUGGACUUCAUCUCAUAUCAGCAGUACCAGAACCUGUACCCGAGACCAAAGUUCCCAGAACACAAACUGCCACCCCCGCCCCCGGGAGCAGUAGCUGCCAACACCAGCACUACUUCCGAGGAACAGUCUUCUACAGCUGAGAAAAACAACUCCAAGUCCAAUACCUCCAAAACAAGUGGCAAUAAUAACAACAGCAAACAGAACCCCAGAAAUCACUACUAUCCUAAUCCUGCAGCUAGCUUCAACCACCCGUCUUCAGCCAUGCACGGAGGAGGAGGCCACUUAGCGAGGAGUUGGGACUCACCUGCCGGGGGCUUCUAUGACCCGAAUGGCAUGCACCACUACAUGGGCUUCUAUGAUCCCCACUUGAAGCAGCGCAAGAGGAUGCGACAACAGUCCACUAGGUUCUACCCGGUCAUUAAAGACUACUCCUACCAAAAGUUCGACGAGAAGACUCCGCGAAAGAAGAAGACGAGACAUAGCAACAAUCCUCCAAUGGAACACCAUGUAGGAUGGAUCCUGGACAACCAGGAACAUAUUCCGAGGAACCGAAACAACUCGUGUGGAUCCAGUGUGGCGGAUGGACCUCCUGCCAGUGCAUCUCUGGGAAAUAGCUAUACCGGGUCCUCACCGGCUGCAGCUGCGGCAUUCAACAUGGGUCCUGCACAUCCCUCGCAGGAACUGCUGAAGGAAAAUGGAUUUGUGCAGCAGGUCUACUACAAGUACAGAAGAAGGUGUCUCAAAGAGAGAAAGACCUUGGGCAAUGGUCAGUCACAAGAGAUGAACACUCUGUACAGGUUCUGGUCUUUCUUCCUGCGUGAACACUUCAACAGGAACAUGUAUACUGAGUUCAAAACACUUGCACGCGAAGACUCCAAAGACGGAUACAGAUAUGGACUGGAGUGUCUGUUCCGCUUCUACAGCUACGGCAUAGAGAAGAAGUUCCGCCAGGAGUUGUUCGAUGACUUCCAGACGUUCACGAUAGAUGACUACAAAGUGGGCCAGCUGUAUGGACUGGAGAAGUUCUGGGCAUUCCUGAAGUACUCGAGGAAACAGAGCAAUCUGGCAAUAGAUCCUCAGUUGCAACAGGCUCUGGCUAGAUACAAGAGUCUGGAAGAUUUCCGAGUGGAUCCAACAAGUUACCCACAGUCGGCACAGAUCAAGGGAACUCUGCCGGCCAUUGCCAGAGUCAGGACUCAAUCUUCUUGCGAGACCAACCCCAAACAAGGAAUGGCAGGCUCUUCCUCAGACGAGGGAAAGUUUACUGCAGAAUUGGGAGAUAGCCAGGAAAGCGAGGAGCGAGAAGGCGAUUACGAGCAAGCGGGGAAAGAGAACAAGGAAAAUGAAGGGGCAGCCAAGUCAGUUGAAGCUUCAGUUGAAUCAGCUGCCUAGUUGAUCAAACUAAACAGUUGUCCGCUUUUUGUGUCUAAGAGAUGUUUUGGUGACAAGAGAUGUGUUGCAAUUGGUUUGGUUAAUGAAACAAAAAAAAGCUUUUGUAAGGAGCUUUAAGUUAGACUCCGUGAAACUAAAACUGUAAAAACUUUAGUUGAUUUUAGCUUCAAAAUACAAAUAGAAAAUGACGCUUCCUGUACCGUACUGGGCUCGUACUUUAUUUUGCGUAUUGGCAGAACUUUUAUGUUUAUGCAGAAGUAAUUCUUGUUAGGUAAAGUAAACUGAAUUAAGUAAACUCUAUCCAUACCUGUGUAUUAUUAAUCAUCUCCACAUGAUCGAUCACGCUCAUCAUUGAUUGAUGCGUAAAUUUAAGAUGUAAACUUUAUGUUCAUAUUGCGACCAGUUUUCUCUUCCUCACUUAGAAGAUAACAAAAAAAGAAGAUUUGAAUUGGACAGUUUGCGCUAGUGAGGAAGAUCAAAUAUUCUGUAUCUUAGUUUUUUUGACCAUUGCUACAUUUAUCUUAAUGUUGUAUCAUUGGGUGCGUUAAUUAACUUUUUUUGCAUCGUUA